AUGCAGCCUGGCGGGCUGCAGGAUGCGCUCAACUUCCAGCUGCUUACUGCGUGGCAGCCGGGCCCUGUUCUGGGCCUGGAUGUCCAAGACUGGAUUAACGAUCUGCAGCAGGCACUCGCGGGGCAGCGCCACCUCCGCUUCCCGCGGGGCAGCAACGUUUACACGGACGGCAGCAAGCUGACGUCGGGUGCGAUCGGUGCGGGCGUGAUCACUGAGACGGGGCCAGGCACAGCCGAGCAGCAGGAGGUCAAGCCCGACGGUCAUGACCUGCAACUCAACACGGUGCCGUAUGCUGAGCUGGUGGCUGCGCUGCAUGGAAUCGCGGCUGCCCCGCCUGGCGCUGCCCGGCACAUCUUCCUUGACGCCAGCACUGCCAUGUGGCUCACGCGCAUGGCCCUGCAUGAGCGCGUGCGCACCAAAAAGCACAAGGGCAUCCUCACCCACAUUGUGGCGCAGCUGUGCAGCCGGGCCAUGAUGCAGGGCACCACUUUCGCCCUCCACAAGGUGCGCGCCCACAUUGGGGUGCUGGGCAAUGAGCUGGCUGACGCGGCAGCCAAGCAGGCGGCCAGGGCGGCGGAGGGCGAUGCCAAUGUAACAUUCUAUACUGAUGCGCCGGCAGGCACCCCGCGCCUGGGGGCCAGCUGGCCGCGGCGCAUCGCCCGCCCACGGAACGAAGACGAGGAGGUGUCCACCUACUGGCUGGCCGACUCCCUGCCGUCUGUGAAGAAGCAGGUCGCCCGGGUCUUUCAAAACAGGAUUGUGGCCAGCACGCGCAGCGUCAUGUUUACCCUGCUGCUGCAGCAGCGGGAGGAGAACCCUGAUGCGCCUGGGAUGCAGCCCGAAUCUGCGGCUGCCAUUUGGACCAGCCAGUUCACGUUUGCCCAGCGCCGUGCUGCGUUGCUGCUGCGCUUCAAUGCCCGCCCCUUCCGCGAGCAGCUGCAUGGCUUUGACGCCGCCCGCCACCCCUCCGCGCUGUGUGACCUGUGCACGGCGCAGGUGGAAGAGACGCAGGCGCAUGCGCUGGGCGGAUGCCAGCAACCCAACACGCAUGCUUUGGUGUGCAGCCGCCAUGGUGGCACCGUGCACCUGCUCCAUGAGGCCAUCCAGAAGGGGGUGAGCUUCCACACUAUGGCGGACGCCGAGGGCCAGUGCCAGUUUGUCGAGCCGGCCUGGCUGUUGCCUGAGCAGCAGCGCCCCACCACCCCUGAUGUGCUUGUCGUGCUCGGCCUGCUUGCCGCCAGCGCUGGCCCGCCGGACAGACAGCAGCAUGACAUUUGCAUGCUUGAGUGCUUCCACACAUAUGAUGCUAACCUGGCCGGGCGGUGGGCGACGAAGCGCAGCAGCCAUGACGCUCUCCAGUCCAUGCUGGCGGCCCCGGGGCGCUGGCGCAGCGCCGCGCAAGCUGCCAUUGGCGUCUCGCACUCGGGCCUCGUUACCGGCAACUUCAUGGCCGUCAUGCACGCUCAGAUAGGGCGGAUCCCAGCAGGCGGGCCCCAGCGCACCUUCACGAGCGAUGACGCUUACCCGGCGGAGGUGGCGGCACGAUGA